GACGUCUGACGCAGAAGAGGGGCAGCGGCGCAUGCGUGCGGGACACGGGGAGCGCGUGUGCAGUCACAGUGGCCAGAGUGCAGUAUUGGUCAUCUGAGAGGCAUGGCUGUGUCGGGCUGUGUGGGGAGCCCGCCGGCCUGGGUCAGCGGCAACAAGACCAUCCUGGUGAGGCAUCUCCCGUCCGAGCUGACCUGCAGCGAGAAGGUGGAGCUGCUGAAGUAUUUUGGGGCCAAGUCGGUGAGAGCGUUAGCAGACAAAGGAAGGCUGAAACAUACGGCUUUUGCCACUUUCUCGUCCACCCACGCAGCGGUCAAGGCGCUGUCCCGGCUGCACCAGCUGCGGUGUUUGGGCCACACGCUGGUGGUGGAGUUUGCCAAGGAGCAGGAAGGGCCGGCGGCAACACCGGAUCCGGAGCAGCGGACUGGAGGCAGCAAACCGACAGACAAAUCUUCAAGCGGCAAGGAUGAGAAGGAGAUUGUGAAACCUAUAUUGCCGGUUAUAGAGAACGGCAUUGCUCCCAGUUUGGGACUGAGCUACUCCACAAACCCGUGCCUGAGGUACCUUUACCCGCCACCAACCAGCAUCAUCCUGGCCAACAUCGCCAAUGCCAUGGCCAGCGUGCCCAAGUUCUACGUACAGGUCCUGCAUCUGAUGAACAAGAUGAACUUGCCGUCUCCAUUUGGCCCCAUCACUGCUCGCCCCCCAAUGUACGAGGAAUACGUCCCUGCCCCCCCGCCCAUGCCCCCCUUCCCCCCCGAUCAGCCCCCCAUCCCAGAGGAAGAGAUGGAAGUCUCCAGCGAGGAGGAGUCCGAGUAUGAAAGUGGGAGUGAAGAGGAUAAAGAGAGAAUGCUGCGACUGAUGGGACUGGCGUCACGGCCACCGAGACCCCCACGCAAGAGGAAGCGAGUGUCUGUCCGCAAGCAGCCGCGCAUCAAGGACCUGAUCGCCCCGGCCAAGACCCCGUCCCAGAGCUCCCACGCUGCCGUGCCCCCGUCAGAGGUGUUUGACUUGCCGCUGACACAGGGCCAGAAGAAGAUCGAGUUCCACAUCUCGGCCGACGUGAGCGGCCUGCUGGAUACAGGAGGGGAGCAGCAAGCAGAGAGCCGGGACGAUGGCGAGUCCCAGAGUCUGGGCUUCGGCAAGAUGCAGCCGGCCCCGGUCACCGUGAGGAGUGAGGUGGAGGAAGAGGAGGAGUGUGAGGAAGAGGAGGAGAUACCCUCCGAAUUCGUCUCCAGGAAGCAGCUGGCCAGGGGGCGGCUGUCCCGCGACGAGAUGGAGACCGCCUCCAUGUUCAAGAACUACAGUCCCGGCGAGCCCACCUGCCGCCUCUACCUGAAGAACCUGUCCAAGCAGGUGGACCAGAAGGACCUGAAAUUCAUCUUUGGCCGAUACGUUGACUUCUCGUGCCUGACGGAGAGAAACAUGUUCGACAUCCGUCUGAUGAAGGAGGGGCGGAUGAAGGGCCAGGCGUUUAUCGGCCUUCCCAACGAGCAGGCCGCAGCCAAAGCCUUGAAGGAGGUCAAUGGCUUUGUCCUCAACGAGAAACCCAUGGUGGUUCAAUUCGCUCGGUCCGCGCGGCCCAAACAGGAAGCGUCUGAGAACCGGAGGGGCCGCGGGAAGUGAGGGCCGGAGCUGCUGGACGUGGGGGCCAGAGCUGCUGGACGUUGGGGGCCGGAGCUGCUGGACGUUGGGGGCCGGAGCUGCUGGACGUGGGGGCCGGAGCUGCUGGACGUUGGGGGCCGGAGCUGCUGGACGUGGGGGCCGGAGCUCGGACGCGGGGGCCGGAGCAGCUGGACGUGGGGGCCGAAGCUCGGACGUUGGGACGAUCUCUGUGCCGUUUCCGUGGACACCUGGU